AUGAGUCAAAGAAAUUCUGUGAAUGGGAGGCCAAUUGGAACAGAUGGUUCCGAUUUCUCAUACCGUAUGGUCGUCGAUUCCAGGUACAAAAAGGUGACUGAUGGAAAACGCCGUCUAGGAAACCUGAUCUUAGCCCAGGGAUUUAUUCAAUUUGGAGCUGCAGUAGUUCAUUUUCUACCCACAUUGGAAGGAGGAAGUCUUGAUAGACUUUCGGUUUCUUCUAGCGUAAUUUUCUUUCUUUCUCUUUUAAUAGGAGAAUUGGGUCGGAAACGCAGCCGUGUUAACCUUUUGAAGCUGUAUUUGUUUGGAUCGUUCGUCGCUGCUCUUUUAUCAAUUGCUUUUCUCCUUAGUAAUGAGAAAACUUUUGAGAUUAUAAAAGAUUUGACUAGGUGGGAGGUAUCAAGGUCUGAGAUCUACAACAUUACUCCCGUUGUAAUAGGUCUCCUGGUUCAGAUAUUUGCUCUUGGAGAGACGAUCUCUCUCAUCCACAAUAUGGCUCCUCCCAAGAAGGCAUCUUGA